AGAUUUGGGCAAAUCUGGUUGCUUCCCUUGUCAACCAUCUCCGCGAUCAGUGGCGACUUGAGUCGGGACGUAACUACUGACUUCAGAUGGAAAUAAAUGUUACAGCGAUUCGACGAAUGACGGAUCCGAAUUGGGAAAAUGAUUUAUAAUAUCGUACGGUUCAGAUUAGAAAUUUUGGCAGGGUGAUGUCAACAUGUCGGCUAGGAUUCAAUCACCCGGGAAACUUUGGCAGGGCGAUGUCAAGCUUCUCCUUGACAAUGUGUUGAGAAAUAUAGAUCAAAAUUAAACUAAAUUUAAAGAAAAAUCAAAAUUUCUUGAAUGAUUAUAGGCUAAUUUAUGGGACUAAACUGUGGUGAUGCAAUUCAGAUGAGGAAACGUUCUACCUUACGACCGUCCACUAACCAAAAACGGUGGACUCGUGUGUCGACGGCUUCCUCUUAAGCGCGCCGCAGAUAUCACGGGAACUCCGCGCAACGACGAACGCCUACUGCCUCUGUCCUCUGCCAAAGGAUUUGCAUCCUGACACCCUCACCGAGUCGAAGCAGCUCCGUGGACACCCUCACCGACCCCAAAGUACACCAGAUGCCGCCAUUGCCAACCCAAGCGCUGCUGUUUUUCCUCUUCGCCGUUGCAGCCUUCGUCGGCCUAUGCGCGACCGCGAGAAAGAAGAGAAACCAGUCGGUGGAGUCCGCCGGUAGCAGCGCCACGAAGCAACUCGCGGAGACGGCUGUGUCCGCUUGGGACGCUCUCGAGAAGGACAGAGAAGGGGACAGCAGCAUGGCGUUGCCCCUUUGGCAGAGGAGGAUACUGAUGGGAGAGAGAUGCGAGCUGCCCAAGUUCAGCGGCCUCGUUCUCUACGACGAGCUCGGCCGUCCCGUCCGCAGCAGCUCCAGCCAUGACAGUCUUCUCAAGGUGAAGCCAACGCCGGCAGUGACUACGCUCAGAGACUUGCUAGUUUGAAUUCUCGAGCUGUAGGCUUGAUAUAUAUAAGCCCUUUGCUUGCAGGAGGAACUGAUGUCUCUCCCUUUCAUCUUCCUAUCCCAAUUCUUUUUCCUCAUUGUUUGAGCUUUCAACAGGUUGAAUUAACUUAAACCAAGAGGUGAUUGAAGGUGAUCUA